AUGAGCAGCACAUCAAGCUUUCCCACGAACAAAUUCAAGAUCAAGAACGAGAAGGAGAAAGAGGACGAGGAGGAACAAGAAAAGUCAAACAUCCCCACAAGCGACGCCAUCUGUCCCUACAUUGUCGUUCGGCACGAUCGCAGUCCAUUGCCCGAGGCUAAGAGGAGAGGUAUCUACGACGCUAUGGCCCAGGAGCGCGUGCUCGACAGGGGCUGUGCCGACUGUUGGGAUUUGAUUUGCAGGCAAGGGCAAGGCCGGCUCGUUGACAGAAACACCGCGUCCCUGGGGCCCAGGCGAGACGGCACCGGUGGCGCUGGGGAAGAGAAUCUGCUCAUGACAAUGUGGAUGGAGACGUUGACUGAGACCGACGACUUGACUGAGAACGACGAGAACGACGAGACCGACGAGAACGACAUCAAGAUCGAGAUCAUGGAUGAUAUUGAAAUCGUCAAAGUGGUCACCGUCAACGCCAGAUCGGCAACUCCCUCAAGCUCAAAUCAUCCCGGACCGCGUGGUGCAGAGCCUCGACCACUGCGCCCGAUCGUGUCUAUCAUAGCAGGGAGGUCUGCGUCGACGUCGACGCCCACGCCGCCCCCGCCGUCAUCAACAAGUUCAACAUCCUCGUUCACCGCUGCCUCCACGCCGCCGUCAAUGCUGCGCAGCAGCCAAGCAGGUGGUGACAGUGACAGUGACAUUGACAUUGAUGGCGAUGGCGAUGGCGAUGGCGAGGUCGAGGUCACAGGUGAAUCGAGUCGCCGGAUCCCACCUGGUGCAAAUCACUUUUCGCGUGCUUCACGUUUUGGUUCGGAUUCUCCAUUCUCAGGCCGCUCUUCUGCCAGGGACGCGAUCAGAAAGCAUGACGCAGCCAUCGACGCUUCGCUCGCGGAUCAGCUGGGUCGUGCGAAGUCUAGGGCGUCACGCAUUGGGGAAGCCUCAACAUCAACAGAGUACUUUGCGCAAGGGACACUCAUGCCUACUGGUUCUGGUUCUGUAGGGACAUAUGCCUCUGCUGCGACUAGGCCAACAGGUCCGAGAGCGACGCAGAAUCAACCCCCAAAUCGCUGCGAAUUAACAGCAGUUCAUGGCGAAUCGAGCAACGGUUCAGCUGGUUGGAUCGGGCGUCCAGAGGAUCCAGAACAGGGACGGGACUCGACAGUUCAUCAACAUGUCCGAGAUGCGUUCUAUAGCCUUCGCAUAGCCGUUCGACGACAGACGCAUCCACAGAACAAUGCCAUCAGACACGAGUCAGAUGAUGGCGAUGACGACGGCAAUGGGAAAAAGCCCAUGAAAGAGGAGGCGGAAGAUGAGCGGGAGAUGGUCGCCGGCGUACGGGACGGUUCUUAUCAGCGGGCUGUGCGGAGCUUCUUCCAAGUUGAAAAAGAUGUGCUGAUUGCUCCGGCGCCCCCAUGGCGAAGCCUCUCGCUCCUUGGUCAAGACCAGGAGCUCGAGAUGUUAAGAGAAGAUGUUCGACGCCUUAGGGAUGAGAAAGCCGCCUUGAUGGAUCGAGUGGUGGCCUUACUAGAGGAGAAAGCAGCACAGGCGCGCAGAGAGGGCGAAUUGAUGAGAAGGAUGGAGGAACGUGACCAGUAUCUUGAAUGA